AUGAGUUUUCAAGCUCGGGAUACCCGUGCCACUUCACCAGGUAUUGGUAGUGACCAUGACAAUGACGUCUUUAAUGCAACUUCUCCACAUGGAACUGGAGGUUCCCAUUCUUAUCAAGCAACACCGCUAGCGGUCAGGGUAUCGGCUGGGAGUCACUCGGAUCUGUCGAAAUAUGUGAAUGGCCUCCGUGAGACUUUGGAUCUUAUUCAGCAUGCUCUGGACGAAGCGCAAUCUCUUCUGGCUACGCUCAAAGGCGAUCACGCCCGUCUUCAGACGAUGAAGACAUGUCUGACUCAUGUUGAAGCACAGCUUGAUCUCUUGAUCCGGAUGCAACAUCCUGUGGCAACGCCAAUGUACGCGUAUCCAGCGUCCUUGAGUCAACAAGGGACCGAUACCGGUACGGCUUAA